AUGCGUAAAAGUGAUUGUUUAAUUAAUCCACUGUUACAAACUGAACCAGAAGAUUCUAACUCGUAUGAAAGAGAUAUAACAAUUCCAGAGACCUCUCCGCAAAGUCUAACACCAUGUGUAGUUAUAGAUAUUAUUCAAGAUGUAGAAGCAGUUAAAGAUGCUGAGAAAAAAUGUGGACAUAUCGCAAAAAAAUCAAAUUCAGGUUACCGUGCUCGUUAUAUAUGCACUGAAUGCUUUCAACAACAUGGAGGGCAUCUAUACGAAAAAUUAGGUAAAAGAAUUGCACCACCAUCUUCAGAAUCAGAGGAUCAAGAACUACAAGAAACUCUUUUAUCUCAGAUAUCCUUAACUAUUUUUAGUGAUAAAAGGUUUCAUAUAACUCAAGAAAAGGCUUUGACAAUGGGAAAAAGAUUAGGGAAUGAAAUUUUGUACUUGCGUUCUAAAAUUAAAAAAAAUGUCAGCCAGUUAGAAAACCCAAGCUCAUAUGACGACUAUAUUAAUGCAUUACCUAAUAUCAUUUUCAGCUUUUUUAAAGCUCUUCUUACAGUACUACAACAAUAUAAACUAACUGUCGUCAAUAAUAAAAGGCGUCAACGUAAUCUUGCUGACCAAGAGACUAUGAUGAUGAAAAUUAAAGCUGCACAAAGUGAGAAAAAUCGUUUAGCAAUGCUUCUUGCUGAGUAUGUUGAUGACAUAGUGGUAAGCCAAAGUGUUCGUGCAGUCAAGUCACGCAAAGAUUCACUUUGGUCUCUAGCCACAAAGUUAUUGUCUGCCUUUGAUGAUCCAAAUCUAGCAACCCAUUUUCUGUUCAAAGAUGCACCAGAAAUUAGCAAAAAUGGUAUCGAAAAUAUCCUUUCUUUUUAUGAGACCGGAACUUCACGUUUUCAACAAGUACUUGUGCAGGAUGUAUACAAAACUGAGGCUCCAAUUUCUGGAUGUCGUUCACGAAAUAUAAAUGCAUAUACUUAUGCUAAACUUGUGAGUAUGAAAAAACAAAAAAUUAGCCAAGUAAACUAUUCUAUACAAGUUCAAGAAGAUGCUUCAACAUCAUAUCAGACAUUACUACCUUCCGAAAUUAACCUUUCAAGACAGACUCGUCACGCUACUACAAAAGCAGAAAAAGAUAUACUUGUUGAAUUAUUUAAGGUUGGAGAAGGAAUGCCCGAAGCUGCAAUCAUAACAGUCAUGUUAAAACUUCAAACUAUAUCUUCAGAUUGGACCAAAGAAAGAGUCAAACAAUAUUAUAAAAAUAAUUGGCGCAAGUAUGUUCAAAAAUAA